AUGUCCACUGCACAGAUUAAAUCGACAGCCGUCGAGGCAGUUAUGGAAUUCAGUAAUAACUUCAAGGAUUUCGGUUCAGAUAUGCCCUGUGUAAUGGGCAUUGAUGAAGCUGGGCGUGGACCAGUUCUUGGACCGAUGGUAUACGCAUGCGCUGUUACAUUGCUAAAUAAUGAAAAUAUGCUUGUCAAGAUGGGGGUUGAUGACUCAAAGGUUCUCACAGAAACAAAGCGUGAAGAGAUUUUCGAGAGGUUGAAGGGAGAUAAUAUAUCAGAGGCGUUUGGAUAUGCAUGUCGGUCAGUAUCGGCACAAAUGAUUAGCGCUAGCAUGUUAGCUCGAACGAAAUGUUCACUGAAUAAAUUAUCACACGACUGUGCAACGGAGUUGUUGAAAUUAGCAGUCGACAAUAAUAUAAAUGUUGUAGAAGUUUACGUUGACACAGUGGGACCGAAAGGUUCAUACCAGGCUAUGUUGAACAAAAAGUUUCCAGAUAUGCGAAUUACUGUAUCGGAAAAAGCAGAUGCUAAAUUUCCAAUUGUCAGUGCUGCUUCAAUCGUAGCAAAAGUCAAACGUGACAGAGCUUUAAAAAAUUGGGUAUUUCCGGAGAGAGCUGUGAGUGUACCACCGAAUGGAUAUGGAAGUGGUUAUCCUGGAGAUCCGAAUACAAAGAAUUUUUUACUGAAAGCAAUUGAUCAAGUGUUUGGAUAUCCCAAUUUGGUGCGAUUCAGCUGGAAGACAACCGAAGUUUUGUUACACGAGAAAGCAGUGAAAUGUAAAUGGAGAGAUCCAGAAAAUGCAUCCGGUAGCACCAUAACAUCGUUCUUUAAACCAUGUUCUAAUGAAAAAAAUUAUUCUUCAGUGAAAAAUCAGUUUUUCAUCGAUCGUUGUCUUUCAAAUAUUUCAAAGUGCUCAGAUUUUUAG